UUUCUAGUAUAUCUUUUUUUACUAGAUUGUCAAAAGACCAGUUGUCUUGACGAAGUACUUCAUUUCCAACAAGCAAUCAGAUAAAACAAAAGGAGCGGCUUCAACAGAGUCUGCAGCUCCAGUGAUUGGACCGACCAAUAUUUGCACUGCUGAAAUUGGAUCCAUGGGUAGAGGAAGAGGGAGAGGGAAGAAGCUAACCACUGUCAGGAGCCAUGAAGACAAAGGUAGCAGUGGUGAAGAAGUUGUGCCUGCAAAAAAGAGGAGGGGAAGGCCCCAAAAGCGCUUCGCCAAUAAGAUCGAUCAAGCAGAUGUUGAAAAUUUUGUAGAAAAGGUCGAUGGCGACCAAGAAGAAGUUGAUGAUGCCAAGCUGAAGAACAGCGCUGCAGCCGGUGGUAACAAGAGAGGCAGGCCGCUGAAAGAGGGCUCUAAUAUUGUCAUAGAAGAUAACAAUUCCAUUAUUCGAUCAAGCAGUGAUGAAUCAACAAGGACCAACGGAUUCAGGCAGAUUGGGAGCCGGCGGAAAAACAAGCCCCGGCGAGCAGCAGAGGCAGGAUUAGAAUGCAAGUGAAUCAUCCCUGUGGUUUUCAGUACAAGUUAGCAUCCAAUUUUUUUGCUAUAUCGUCAUGUCUAGUAGCUCCCAGUGCUGAAAAACAAAACUCAUGUCUAGUAGCUCCCAGUGCUGAAAAACAAAAUGUAAACUAGCAUGUUCUGAUUGCAUGCCUCAGUUUUUUUCCCCUUGACCCAAGUGUAUGAACUAAAUGGUACACCUACUUGUUCAGCUGCUCUAGGCCUGAUUCAAAUUUGAGCUGCUUGUAGCAGAGAUUUUACCUUUCAGUUUACAAAGGCUGGUGAUACCAGAAGGUGUUCCUGCAAUUUUGAUUAAUCUGGUCUUCUUCUUUGCUCUUAUUGCAAUUAUUUGUAGCUUAUUAAGUU